CGCCUAACAUCGAGGUUGGGGUUACGCUUGCACACGUAACACGACUGCCGCAGGCACCCACACGUACACAUUUCUCUCUCUCUCUCUCGCACACACACACAACACACACACCCACACGAAAACACACUCGCGACAGCCCGUGGACGGAUUCUCGCGGAAUUCUAACGUCGUGGCCAAGAACGAGCGGAGGGAUCUUGCGAACUGUUCACGCGGGGGAUCCUUUCUGGCCGACAACGGUCGCAGGAACGGCCACGAAACGAGCACACAGGUCUAAGGAAAGAGUGGAGGACGGGCACAGUGAGUGGAAUCGACAGGACGAAGGGGCUAGGUGUCGUCGCGGGUAAGGAAAUCUCGGGACGCUGUUCACGUCUCGGGAUACAUUGGCGGUGAGUGCGGUAUCGAGAGUAAUUAAGCAGUCACGGGAUUACUCGGUAAUAAUGGCUGGUCGUGAUUGACCGAGAAAGAGAGACCGAGGGAGAGUGUGCGCGGCCGUGUACGCUGGCUACAUCUACCUAAGCAGCGAAGAAGACGGGAACACCGGAAGCAAGAAAGAGAGAGCGGGAUAAACGGCGGGAUCGCAAUCGAAGAAAAUCAGAUGUCCUCAGCGACCGUCUCCGGAUCGGAUAUGUCGUUAGCGACGGAGGGAUCGAGCGCAACCUCUCGAACGCAGUGGCGUAACUAGGUCUGUGCACAAUUCCAAGAGCCACCCCCGAUAUCGGUUCAUUUAUGAUUAUUUCCUUUAACUACGCUCCUGAAUUUCAUUUAAUUCGAUAAACUGUAAGUAACUUAAAAGUACUUGGUUUCUUCCAAAAGUCGCCAGUUACGUCAUCGCUCGAACGAAUCGAGCGGUCGAUCGAGAUUUCACCGUCCAUGGAUCGCUAGGAAGCGUGGCGACGAGAAACAGACCGAUGACUUUCGAUCGAUUCGAGUACAAUUGCACCGCAGCCUGCCAUGCCGUGGAACUGUCGUCGUAGACCAGUGGCUAGGUCCAGUGACGACGAUACUUAAUCGACGAUGUGCCAUUUUCGAUAGGCGAAACGAACGGUUACGACAUCUGGUAUCUUAAACGAUGCUCGGUAGUCCAUCGAAGAAGGGAGACAGAGAACAUUGGCGAUCAGUGAGGCGCGAAAGAGAGAAGGGGUUGCGAGAUGGCACCUGGUUACUCGCGCGUGGCCCAGCCGAACUUGGAGGAUCGCAGGAAGCAACGCGAUACGAAGGACGCGAAAGUAAAUAAUCGUUGUCCGCGACCGUUUCGAUUCUGAGCGGCCUGGACGUUUAUCCAUGCUGUCGCGUACGCAUCGAUGGUCGAUAGCAAAACUCCUUCCAGCCAGAACAGAAUCCCCUGGUGUUCUUUUUGUCGCGGGUUCUCGCGUCGAAUACGCGAGACUUGUCGCGCCGGGCUCGACGAACGCGCAAUCCGUCCCAGAACGUUACGAUAACCAGCUAGAGGGCAUAUGGACCGCUGAUUCCGUAGCCUUUCGAUCAACAAACAUCCUACCGCGAGCAAACACGACGUUCGACGAAACGUUGAACGCCAGGAGACGAAUCGACGACUAUUCUCGAUCGUACCAAUCGUGUGCGGUCGUCGGGAAAGAGUGAGAAAGGGGUGGGGGGCGACACGGAAGGGGUACGCGAGGCAGUGUGAUCGUUUCGAGUCGAGCAACAGCAGCACAUGCUACGGGAGAUCCGUAUCAAUUCGCGACUGUGAUUUUCUAAGCUUAAGGUUUAAACGUUUAUUAACAAGAGGAGGGAACGAAGGAUACCAGGCGGAAGAGGAGAGUCGGACGCCAAAGGAAGAUUAAAACAAAUCGUCCCAUUGUGAUACUAAGAUAUAUUAAUCGAAGAUAUUAAGGUGAACACGUGCGCUCAAGGAGAUGGGUGUGAAUGAAAGGGGGCGCGACACGCAGUGCCAGGAUGAAAUGCGAGUGUAAUUAAUGGAAAUGAUGGUCGAUCGCGGGGUGUGCGUCGGAUCUACAAACUGUGAUACACCGAUAACCACAUUACGGAGAGGCUGAUAUUCGUUCACUGACCGUCGAAUUCGUGUACAUCAAAAUCCAGAGGAACCGUGGGGGAUGUAUCGGCGAUCGGGAAUUGCGUUCGCAACCGCCUCGUGAUACGUUCGCAGUGACCAGCGACUCGUGAUAAUCGCCCAAGGAAGAACCAGCGAUAGAAGCUUCCUGGCGGCAGUUCCCCGAAGCAAGCGCGGCCAUCGACGAUCGCAGCGCCACCGUGGGACCCUAAAGAAGGCCUAGGCGGGAAUCCCGACGCGUUGUCGCAGCGCAGACGCGAGCACAGGCGGCGAGAGGCGAGAGAGCGUGACACAGCGUCGCCGAAGCGGUCACCAGGCAUCGUGUACCACCCCCUGGCCACGGGGGGUGGGACAGAAAGACCGUCAGCGUGGGUGCCGGUGCUGCAGGGGCGCGCCUGGUCCGUCGGCUCGCCCGAAGAUUAGCACGCCGGCUAGCGGCUGGCUCGGGCCCGUUUCGCCGUAACGGCCUGGCGACUUCGGGGGGCCUCACGUCGGCGGCGGUGGUCGUGGCCGCCACGGGGGAGCAGUCCGCUCCCCCAGCAGCUGCGCCACGCCAUACCACGCCGAACGGAAGCGUCAGCGGAUCCACAUCCGGCUCAGGUCGCAAGAACAGAGCCAUGUCCAUGAGGAGUCUUCAUCGCCGCGUCUCUCACCCUUGCCAUGGAAAUGAGAACCGACAUGCCGCGAAACACGAAAAGCGUUCGUCACAGAAGCUCGAAACCUCCUGGUCAUUUUCCUUGGAGGGCGAGGGCGGCGGCGGUGGCGGGCGUUCCGUGACCAGCGCUGGUGGGGGUGGAGGAGGAGGUGGAGGUCGACGGGCACCGAGUCUCCGACAAGUGAACGGAAGAGCGACUACAGGGGUCAGUUUGCACACCAGCAGCACAGAAUCCGUUCGUUCACCCCAUCACCACCUCGGCCAGCAGCAGGGCGGCAACUACAACAACAACAACAAUAACAACAACCAUAAUAACAACAAUAACUGCCACGCCGGUAAUAACCCCGCCGCGAACAAUCAUCCACGGCUUAACAAAGAUGACAGCAUCAAGAUCAGCAUCGAGAACACGAACACUUGCACCGACAGCCUCGUCACUGCUCUAGACGACGAGACCUUGCUCAUCACUGAUAUUCUGGCCGAUACAGGCAACGAGAUGAAUUACAAGGGCAGCGGUAAGGUCCACUUCGGAGUGGACGACGUGUCCCUCUAUGGGACGCCGAAGGAGGAGCCUGGCCCGGGUCUACCGGGCCAGGAAGUCAAGCAGAGCUUCUUGAAGAAUCAGCUUCAGGCCCUGUUCCAGCCGACGGACAACAAGCUGGCCAUGAAGCUUUUCGGCAGCAAGAAGGCGCUGAUGAAGGAACGGAUCAGGCAAAAGGCGGCAGGUCACUGGGUCAUCCAUCCUUGCUCCAGUUUUCGAUUCUACUGGGACCUUUGCAUGCUCCUCCUACUGGUAGCGAAUCUGAUAAUUCUGCCAGUCGCCAUUAGUUUUUUCAAUGACGACCUAAGCACUAGGUGGAUAGCCUUCAACUGCCUUUCCGACACGAUAUUCCUCAUAGACAUUGUCGUCAACUUCAGGACAGGUAUAAUGCAGCAGGAUAACGCCGAGCAAGUGAUCCUGGACCCGAAGUUAAUCGCGAAACACUACCUCAGGACUUGGUUCUUUCUCGACCUCAUUUCCUCCAUACCACUAGACUACAUUUUCCUCAUAUUUAAUCAAUUUCAGGACUUUAGCGAGUCCUUCCAGAUCCUGCAUGCUGGCCGUGCUCUGAGGAUCCUCAGGCUUGCGAAACUGUUGUCGCUCGUUAGGUUACUACGGUUGUCAAGACUGGUGCGGUAUGUCUCGCAAUGGGAAGAGGUCUAUAUCCCCCUUUAUCAACAGCCGGAGAGGCACUACGAGCGUCGGGCGACACCGCCCCAACCAGACCGAACCAGCAAGAUAUUGCAGAACCUACAAAAAAAACGCACUGAGCGGAGGGGGCGCCUAAGUUCUGACAAUAUGAAUAAAAAGAAGUCCGGUUUCAGCAAAAGCGACCUUAUUUUUAAGUUCCUGAAUAUGGCAUCGGUGUUCAUGCGGAUUUUUAACCUGAUUUGCAUGAUGCUCCUAAUCGGCCACUGGAGUGGCUGCCUGCAAUUCCUGGUUCCUAUGCUCCAAGGGUUUCCUAGUAACUCGUGGGUCGCCAUUAACGAGCUGCAAGAUUCAUUCUGGCUGGAACAAUACUCGUGGGCCCUUUUCAAAGCCAUGUCGCACAUGCUCUGCAUAGGAUACGGAAGGUUUCCGCCGCAGUCCUUGACCGACAUGUGGCUCACUAUGCUCAGCAUGAUCAGCGGUGCUACCUGUUACGCACUGUUCCUCGGACACGCCACCAAUCUCAUUCAAUCUCUCGAUUCGUCGAGAAGACAAUACCGCGAGAAGGUGAAGCAAGUAGAGGAGUACAUGGCCUACCGGAAGUUGCCACGAGAAAUGAGACAGAGGAUCACGGAGUACUUCGAGCAUCGCUACCAGGGCAAAUUCUUCGACGAGGAGUUGAUUCUUGGGGAGCUCUCGGAGAAACUAAGAGAGGACGUGAUAAACUACAACUGCAGAUCGCUGGUCGCCUCCGUUCCCUUCUUUGCCAACGCCGAUUCGAACUUUGUCUCGGAUGUCGUUACUAAACUGAGAUACGAAGUCUUCCAGCCAGGUGAUAUCAUCAUCAAGGAAGGUACGAUCGGCUCUAAAAUGUACUUCAUACAAGAAGGCAUAGUCGAUAUCGUAAUGGCGAACGGCGAAGUCGCUACCUCGUUGUCAGAUGGUUCAUACUUUGGCGAGAUUUGCCUGCUGACGAACGCGAGGAGAGUGGCGUCAGUCCGCGCGGAGACCUACUGCAAUCUCUUCAGCCUCUCGGUGGAUCACUUCAACGCCGUGUUGGACCAGUAUCCACUAAUGCGCAGAACGAUGGAAAGCGUUGCCGCCGAGAGGUAUAAGCUUUGGCUAAACAAAAUUGGCAAGAACCCGAACCUGGUGGCUCACCGCGAGGAGGACCUCGGCAGUGAGUCCAAAACGAUAAACGCCGUGGUUAACGCUCUGGCGGAGCAGGCUGCGCAUGCUAGCGCUAGCGAAGAAUCGGUACACAGCAUGGAGCUGAGGACCCUUCCAGCCUGCCUGUUGCCCAGACCGAAGUCUGAGAACAAUUUCGCGAGCCAGGAGCUCUCGAGAGAAGGACGUAAAAUCUUCCACAAAAGCGACACUUUCCACAAGGACUCGUAUCAAUGACGACACUCGUUAUACUAGCACACAGAGAGAUACUAACGGCUCCAUGUGUGACGGUGGUCCCCGCUGUCGAUAGGAUAUCGUUUACGAGAGCGUUUUAAGCGUGGAUUCUGGACGCUACUCUAGAAGCAGUCUAUACAUAGAUAUACGCUAUGCCAGUAGUCCUGUAGCGAUCGGUUUCUAGCGCCUUAUAUUAACCUGAUGGCACGUUUGUCCAGGAUCUGCGCGUAAAACCGCGUGGACCGAAGUAUACCAUUCUCCAAUGGUGACACAGUACGCGGCCGAGGUCGUUUUUGGACACCAUUUUUUCUCGGUGAAAAGGACUCGACUUUAACAGCAAUAAAUAGCAACCGACGCUCGAUGGGUGAAUCAGACGAGCGCGCGGAGGCUCACGAUCGUCCCUUCGGUUUUCUCUUAGGGCUAGAUCGACGUACGGACGCGACCACGAAGGACCUACUUUCGAAUCGAACGCUGUGUCACCGGUUGGAGGACAAGGAGCCGUUCUCUGCCGCGAGACUCUUCAUCGGAACGUCAACGACGAGCGUCGUACCACGGCGAAAACAAUAUAUACGACGCGACCACGGAUGAAGAUCUCAACGACGACGAAGAGCAGGCCUAGAAAUUUAUAGAGCUAGUCCAUAUGUUAGUCCGAUGUCGUGGACUAGGUAAUCCUAAAAGAAAAUGAAGUUAAGUAACAGUGUAACGGUGCGUAAAUUCUCUGUGAUUUUGCAAGUCGACGUUUUGCACUUUACAAAAAAUUGAAGAUGGGUGAAAUGGGGCAAGAGUUUACGAGAAAACCCAUACGAACAAUUAGUUUCGCAAGUCGACGUUUCCCGCUACGCAAUGGCGAAGAGACCCCACGGCGGGGGACAGAGAGGAGAGUAUAAUCUAUAUACGAACAAUUAGGAUUCCCUUUUGUUUCGUUUCUUUUUUAAGGCAACUAACAUAGAAGAAAAGGUACUCGCCGAGACGAGAAUAAUUCCAGUUAUUAUGUUUGUUAACGUGUUUUGAAUUUAGCUUCGUAUCGUAAAUUAGUCCCGUGCGAGCGAUUCCCGGGAGACGAGGAGGAAGAAGACGGGGAAGAUGAAACCGAUGGAUAACUCCGAGAUGGGAAUCGAACGAUGAAGAUCCCAGGUAAGGGAGCGAAGAGGAGUGCUAUCCUUAUUUCGAGAUCGACAGAGAAAGCCUCGCUUCGUUGAAACAAAAAAAAAAAAUAAUAGCUCCACUUUUAUUUUCUAAUACGUCUUGAGUCGCUUCGAAAAGCGUAGUGAUAACGCUAUAAGGCCGAGCUGUGUAUACAAGUUCUAUUAUAUAAUCGGAGUUUAGGAAGACCGUCCUGAGACGCGAACGAGACCCCAAAGGGAGAUGUAAAGGUACGAAAUAUCCGAGGGGGGGGUUGGUUGGGUGGGACGAUGGAGUCGUUCUACGAAAUGAAGAUAAUAUUAUUAAAAGAAAAUAAAGUCUAAUCGAAAGCCCAAAGACCGUGUUAACUUGUUGAGAGUCCUUUGGGCUGGCCACGACUAAAACGUCAAUGAAUAAAAUAUAUAUUCAGUGGAACGCGAGAGGAAGUACCUUUUUAUUCGGGCGAAACAGACGCGAUGUACUAUAAAAGAAAAUAAAAACCAAAAGGUAUAAAUAUUAUGUAAUAAAUUAUUAUUAUUAUUAUUAUUAUUACUAUUAUUAUUAUUAUUAUUAUUGUUACGAUUAUCAUUGCAAUGAUUAUUACAUCCACUACCGCAUUAACUAGGCAGUUGUUAAGACGUAAAUAAAAACAGAUUCACACACGUGUGCGUGUGUGUAUAUAUAUAUAUAUAUCAGAGUGGUCGUUUUAAUGAUUUUUUCAAUUUAUGUUGCACACCCUCUAAAUACCUUGGGAAUCCAUGCAACGAAAUUCACACACGUGCAUCAAACCUUCGAAAAGCUUGAAUAGAAAAUAUUGCGUUGUCUGGAAAGUCCAUGUCGAUUUUUGGUAGGUGGUACAGGUCUGAAUAUAUCGGAAUAGUUGAAAACAAAUAAUAUGCAAAUUUUCAUAUGUAUUUUGCAAGUUAUCUAGGGGAGUGACAUAGAUAUCAGAAAUCGUUGAAAUAAAGACCACCCUGAUAUAUAUAUAUAUAUACAGGGUAUCCCAGAUGUAGUGUAAGAACUGGGAGGUAGCUGAGAUGGUUCUGAAUAACAAUUUCCUUUGCAAAAAUGUCGGAUGAUGCUUAGUUUUUAAAUUAUUAACGAAAAACCAUCGACCAAUCACAGCACCCGAGCAAGCGCGUUGCGACUGGCGUACCCAGCCAAUCCCGGCUCGAGCCUAUGCUCUCGCGACUGAACGCGCGCUUUUCAGGCGCUGUGAUUGGUCAGUGGUUUUUCGUUAAUGAUUCGAAAACAAAGCCUCAUCCAACACUUUCGCAAAGGAAGUUGUUGUUCAGAAUCAUCUCAGCUACCCUCCAGUCCUUACACUAAAUCUGGGAUACCCUGUAUAUAUAUCUGCACGUGUACGCGUACAUAUGUGUACGUAUAUACGCAUAUAUAUAUAUACACACGCAAAGUAUUAUGCAUAGCGGUCGAUACAGUGCUGCAAGAUAUCACGUAAUAUUUUAAUUGUAACGCGAACGAAAAAUGAUUAAUCACCGACAACACCAAUACUUAUCGGACAGUUAUCGCGACGAUUCCCAGAGCUUCUCCUAAUGAGUUUUCAGUCGGACUGGGCACACCUCUGAGACGAAACGAUACAUUCGAAGUCAAUUGACCAAACUCCCAUUUACCCCUAGCGAACCGUAUUAUUUUUCUAACCGUUGGUGUAUCGUUUCAGCCGACGACAUUCUUUGUGUCUUUGAAAGUUUAAGACGACUGUUGAAUUUUCUGAUAUUUCUAUACUCGCGACGGAGGAAGGGACCCCCGACUCUGAGGGAAUAUUUCCUGGACUAGUGGCUCCUGAAUUAUAUAGAAGACCUAUCAAAGUAUAUCAUCGAGUUCGUUGAUUUCCGAUCCUAUAGAAAUAUUCCAAGGUUUCCAAAUAAUAUAUCUUUUGCUUAGUACCAUCAAAUUUCUAUUUCGAUGAAAAAGAAUCUUUAACCCUUACGAAAGAGUCUCUAGAGACCUCUUCGUCGAUGAUUCAGGAACCACUGUUCUAACAGUUACUCGGCGUAGGUCUGUUAACGAUAAUACUCUUCUUUAAAAACAAACGCUAUAAGAGUCUAAUUUAAAUAGCAGUGUUGCUUGUUACUUUGACGUACACUCUGACACUUUUCACUGACAUAUGGCGGGUGAAAGAAACGUGCCAUUCGUUUCCUAGUUGAACGUGUACACCUUUGUGCAUAUGUGAUUAUGCAUACAUGUACAUAUAUACAUAUAUAUAUAUAUAUUUAAAGAAAUACCCAUGUAAGAGAUUAGGAAUAUUAUACAUGCGUUUCAUACAUAUACAUAUGUAAACAUACACCUACACACAUGCGAGGAAAACAGAAGUACCUAUUUUUCAUGUAAGAGAGAAAGAGAGAGUUUUCUGUCAUUAUUUUACAUCUCCUCACGUCAUUCUAAAUAUACAGGGUGUCCCAGAAUUAGUACAAGAACCGGAAAUGUGAGGUAGCCGAGACGAUUCUGAAUAACAACCUGCUUUGAAAAAAUGUCGUAUGGUGCUUAGUUUUUGAAUUAUUCAAGAAAAACCACGGACCAAUCGCAACGCCCGAGUAGCACGCCGCGACCUGGCGUAGCCAAUCCCGGCUCGAGCCUAUGCUCUCGCGACUGAGCGCGCGCUUUUCAGGUGCUGCGAUUGGUCCGAGGUUUUUCGUUAAUAAUUCGAAAACGAAGCAUCGUCCGACAUUUUCGCAAAGGUAAUUGUGGUUCAGAAUUGUCUCAGCUAGCUCCCGUUUCCGCUUCUUCCACUAAUUCUCGGACACCCUGUGUAUAUAUACAUAUAUACAUAUUAUAUAUAUAUAUAUAAAAUACUAAUAAUAUUGUAAUAGCGACAAAAGGAUGAUUGCGUACCAAGGGUCACAAGCAUUCCCAAGCAACGGUAGAAUACUCGUAGACCGCAUGACCGACGUUUUUAUAGAUUAAUCUAUACACAUUAAAUCGGUCUGGGACUAAUCUGCCAGCGAGGUUUCGGGCCUAAGGUGAACUGAACGACUAAUCGCAACAGAGAAAACGGAAAAUAAAAUAGAACCAGACGGAAGUGAUAUAAGGUUAUCGUUGCUACUUCGGGAAGACGGGGAACGAAAUCGAACGGUUCAUUCGAAAUAAGGGCGGGGGGGGGGGGAGGGGGGGGGGGGGGCAGGGAGUUGAAAAACGAGAAGACACGCAAAGCGCGAAGAACGUUGUACUCUUUACUAUCACUGCUAACUAACAGACAACUAUUUAACCACUGUCUGCUAACUUUGAUAAACGAGUCGAAGCGCGACCAAGUGCUCCGGAAACCAUAAUUAUUCGCCCAUCGUAAAACCUGUGUGUACAUAUACCUACUGUGUACAUAUAUAUAUAUAUCGCAGGGGCGAGAGAAAUAGAGAGAGAGCACGGCAUUCCCGCGGGAGAAUCGUCCCAGGACAGGCGCGAGGGAUUUACGAGGGGGAUAAGACGACAUUAGAAUUAUUAUCGAACAAAAGUAAAAGAAGUAAAAAUAUAUAUAUAUAUAUAUAUAUA